CCUCCUCAACACCCCUUUUCGUCCAUAUUUUCGGACGCCUAGUAACAGAAUCUUUCAGGAGCAUCGUUCCCAUGCUUGACGCUCAUUCAUAUGAUUCUUUUCCUGCGUCCUUCGCCGAGCCUGAAAUGGAGCAAUACUACCACACCCACUCCUCUCCCAGCAAGCUGCCGCAGCAGAUGUACAACCCCCCUUAUAGUCCCUCAGCAUUCACAUUCGACCCCUUUGCUGAAGACGACGACAUCCAGACGUCCUCAUCGUCAGACAGUCACAGCCCUGUUCCGCAGUCCGCGCGAACAUAUGGGGAUAGGAGUUACAGUCAGCUCCAACACUCCUCUAGACAGCAGAGAGGACAGCAGGCAGGAGGUGAGGUGCAGAGACAUCAAAAGGUUGAGUUCUUGAGGCAGCGAGAGUGGAUGCGGCGAGUGGUCGCUUGGGUCGACCACGUGAAUUCUGGCAUCGCCGAUCAUCAUCACUAUUUUUAUACCCCGUCGCCAUCGGCACUCGCGCCCGAUACCCUAUACUACAGCUCUAAGGAGCCCGAGCCCGACUUGCCCCUAUUCGAUGAAGAGCCCUACUUGAUUUACAGUACCCCGGUCCCAAACUCGACUUCGUCCCAGACUUCGUUUGGCAUCAGCGGCUAUAUCCCCCCUUCUCCUGUCUCGAUACCCUUUUCAUCGCCAGUUCCGUCAAUAUCGCCAUCUACCAUUGCGCCCGUCAAGGCAUCCCCUGGGAGACGAGUGCACUCGCGGGUACCCUCGUUAGAUUCUAUCAGAGAGGAGGACGAGGAUGUCUCAGCGAAGAUAUGACUCGGCAGGGCAUGGGAUGACAAACCAAAAUGACAGGGCGUGAGGGUUUUAGACCACGGACUAUCUUCGUUUUUCUUCUCUUUGCCUCUGGGAGGUGGGAUGUACAGAAUUCUCUCGUGCUUUUGCGUUCUUCGUUUUGCAUCAUGGUAUGCUGUCUAGUGUAUCGUUCGAUAAUCCAUGUAUCAAUAGCUGUGCCAGUAUAAUCGGCUGCGUUUUUUUUU